GAGACAGGCAGAGAGAGAGAGAGAGACACACACACACACACACACACACACACACACACACACACACACACACACACAGACAGGCGCAGAGAGAGAGAAAGCAAGACAGAGAGGGAGCGAGACAGGCAGAGAGAGAGACACACACACACACACACACAGAGACAGACACAGAGAGAGAGAAAGCAAGACAGAGAGGGAGAGAGAGACACACACACACACACACACACACACACACAGAGACAGACACAGAGAGAGAGAAAGCAAGACAGAGAGGGAGCGAGACAGGCAGAGAGAGAGAGACACACACACACACACACACACACACACACACAGAGCGAGACAGACAGACAGACAGAGAGAGAGAGAGAGGGGAGACAGGCAGAGAGAGAGAGCGAGAGGUUGUGUGUGAAGGGGUGUGGCUGUUUUCAGGGCUGUAGAAGGAAAGUUUCCUUGCUUCAGACAUUUUUCCUUCCUGCGUCACACACAGACGCACACACACACACACACACACACACACAGACGCACACAGAGUUUAACAAGGCUGUUCCCACAGAGGAGCGAGAGGGAGAGCGAGCGAGAGAGCGCGAGAGACGGAGGCAGAAAGAAAGACAGGAGCAGCAGUGAGAGAGCAGAAAGUGCAGGGCUGUGUUUGUGUUGUGACUUGGCAGACGGUGUGUGUCCGUGUGUGACCUGGUUGUGCGGUGAUGUGUGAGGAUCCCGUCCACUCCGACUGGAUCAUGGUGAGCAGCGACACGCACCAGACUCAAGACCUGCUGGUCCCCGACCCGGCGGCCGGCUCCGAGCUCCAGGCUCCGGGGGCCAGAGAGGAGGGCGGGCCGAGCUUCGGCCCGGAGAAGAUCAGCCAGGGCCCGGUCAACGCCAUCACCGUCCUCACCCUGCUGGACAAGCUGGUCAACAUGCUGGACACCGUGCAGGAGAACCAGCACAAGAUGGAGGUGCGGCAGGCGGAGAUGGAGGGCGUGGUCAGAGGGAUCCAGGCUGACAUGACCAAACUGUCCAAGAGCCACAGCUACACCUCCAACACCGUCAGCAAGCUGCUGGACAAGAGCCGCAAGGUCUCCGUCACCAUGAAGGAGGUGAGAGACAAGAUGGAGCGGCAGGGCGUUCAGGUGAGGAAGUUGGAGGCAAACCACGGCCACCUGCUGAAGAGGGACAACUUCAGAGUGCUCAUAUUCCAGGAGGAGAACGAGAUCCCGUCCAGCGUCUUCGUCCGAGAGCCUCCGCCUUUCCCCCGCGAUGCUGAGGGGGAGUCAGCCCCUGUCGACACCAACCGCUCCCAGGAGGAGGGGCUCCACACCAUUGACCUGUCAUCUGAUGAGGACGUGGGGCUGGAGGCGGAUCUAGAAGAGGAGGGGGAGGGGCUUCAGGAUCUGGAGCAUAUGGAGAAGUCCAGAGCUGACAAGAUUAAGCGCUCCAGUCUGAAGAAGGUGGACAGUCUGAAGAAGGCGUUUUCGAAGCAGAACAUCGAGAAGAAGAUGAACAAGAUCGUCUCCCAGGAGCAAAGAGAGAAAAUUAAAAAGAGUCUGAGCGCUCACAAGAGCUCCUCAUUUAAGGUGUCUCCUAUCUCCUUCGGCAUGAAGAAGGCCAAGGCCGGCCCUGACCCCCAGCCAGCAGACGCCCUGGCUCAGGCCAGGGACUCGCCCAGUGUCGAGGCCGACAUCGAGCUCUCUCCGCUGGGCAGCCCUGACCAGGAGCUACCCUUCACCGAGGUCCAUCUCCAGCUGGCUCCAGCCGGGCUGGAGGAGGGCAAGGAGGAAACGGAGGAGAUCCCACAAUCCUUUGGUGCAGAGGGAGAGGUGUCAGCGCUGUCAGAGGGAGUGAGCGCAGAAUACGCCCUGUCAGCCACCCUCCCCCAGGGGGCGCCCUCCCCCCUUCCCACCUUUGAGGAUGACGAAGAAAAGGAAGAGGAAAAAGGAGAGGAGAGUGAAGGAGAUAAGGAGGAGGGGAUGGCUUCCUAAAUGUACACACACACACACACACACACACACACACACAUAUAUACGUAUUUGAUAUAUAUAUGAUAGAUAUAUACUCACACAAAGCCUUUUAAAUUUGAUUUAAUUUUAAACUUUCUACACAACACAGCUAUUUUCCUCAGAUUUACAAACACACACAUAGCUGCACAUGUAUCUCCCCUGUAUUCUAACACACACACACACACACACACACACACCUGUGUGUGUGUGUGUGUGUGUGCGUUGUGCCAUCACUGCCGUGUUCUGGAGCAGCUCGCUGGUCUGCAGGAUGUCAGCAGGAGGCUUCAGUCUGUUGUCUAUAAUGUGUGUAUCUGCACAAGCCUCCACAUUUCUCAGACACCGAGUGUGUGUAGGAAUGGGAAUGUGUGUGCACAUGUGCGAUCUUGAUAUUAUGAAUGUGUGCUUAAGGAAAGCUGACAUGUGUCUUCCUGCUGACCGUCACAUGUGUGAUGUAAUGUGUGACUGCAGCCUGUAGCUAACCUUCACCGCUCUCCGCAUGCUUAGAAAUGGCGGCAACUGAAACACAGAGCAUCAUCACAGCUUGUCUUAAAGAAAUGAGAUUAAAAAAUGAAAAGGGCAGAAGAGGCAGACCAACCUCAGCCAAGACCUGUCUGGAGCUGAACCCGGCACCCUGACCUUCGACCCCUGACCUCCCUGUGGAGGAGACUAACAGGAAGACAGACGUCCCCCUGAUCAGACAUGAACAGUUUGUCUGUCAUCUUGUUGGUUUCAGAUCUUGUGUCAGUGUCAUUCCCAUUGUUUAACCUGUCUGUUUGACUGACAUCAACGAAAACCUCUGGCAGAAAAACCAAAGAACGCUCCUAAACGGCAGCAGGAGGCUCUAAUGUGGACGGAAAACCUCCAAAUUCAACCACGAAACAAUAAAGACUAAAAAUGA